GAAGCAGAAGCAGAGGGAAGUACUAGGAGGAUGGCUGCGCGAGUGGUGCGCCGCCGCCUCGCCCUCGCCCUCGCCCUCGCCGGCGCCGGCGCCCCUCCUCCUCCCACCUGCAGCCAGUCCGCCGCCGCCAUCCCCAAGGUGAAGGAUGACGCUUUCCUGCGGUGGCUUCGGAGCAAGGCCGGGUCCGGCAUCUCGUCGGCGCUGCGCGUCGGAACCUCGCCCUUGGGAUUGGGAUUGGGAUUGGGAAGGUCCCUGUUGGCUUCGCGGCCGAUUCAGGAGGGGGACUGCAUACUGCAACUGCCUCACACUGCUCAGCUUACUCAGGACAAACUUCCUCAGGAGGUCCGCCUGUUGCUCGACGAUGACCCUAUCGCCGGAGACACGGCAGCCAAGGUAGCCGUGCUCCUCAUGAUGGAGCAGCACCUGGGACACGAAUCAGGAUGGGCGCCGUAUGUUACAUCUCUUCCGUCCAAGGAUCACAUGCACAACAUGAUGUUCUGGGAUCUGAAUGAGCUUCAUACAGUCACAAGUAGCUCAAUUUACGAUGAAACCAUCCAACAGAAGGAACAUGUCUUGAGACAGUUUUCAGCCGUCAAACCAGCUCUUGAAAAUUUUCCACAUUUGUUUGGAGAAAUCAAGCUGGAGGAUUUCAUGCAUGCUUCUGCCUUGGUUUCAUCUCGAGCUUGGCAGACUUUGAGAGGUGUAUCACUGAUUCCAUUUGCAGACUUCCUUAACCAUGACGGCGUUUCUAAUUCUAUAUUAGUAUAUGACGAACAGAAAGAUGUUUCAGAGGUCAUUGCCGACAGGAAUUAUGCUGUUGGUGAACAGGUCAUGAUAAGAUAUGGGAAAUACUCGAAUGCCACACUAGCACUUAACUUCGGAUUUACACUUUCCAGAAACAUAUAUGACCAGGCACAUAUUUGGAUAGAUAUGUCAGAGGAAGAUCCACUUUAUAAAAAGAAGCUUGACAUAUGGCAAAAGCACCGUACUCCAAAAUCUGAACAUGCGUGCAGCUCUGGCUGUACGAGAACUUCUUUUGCCAUUAAGGAAGUCAAGUACUCUGGAGACAAAGGGGUUGGGAUUCCACAGGUCUUGCGUGCAUUUGUCCGGGUUUUCUGUGCCACCUCAAUUGAAGAAUUGGACGCAAUGGCCAUGGAGGCUGCUGAAAAUGAUGGCCGGCUUGCGAGGCGUCCUCUGAAGCAUGCGGAGAGAGAAGUCCAUGCUCACCGCAAGUUGCUUUUGCACCUUGACAACAUGAUUCAGGGUCAUUCUACAGCUAUUGAGCAACUUGAAAUCGUUGAUGGCGCUGCAUCUAGGAGCAUGCAUCCGUUCAGAAAAGAGAUGGCUAAAAAUUUACUUGCCGGCGAGCUACAGGUUUUUCAGAGUGUGCAUGCAUGGGUUGCAAACUACUGUAAAACUGUGAGGAGCAUGUCAUGAUCGUUCCAGCCUUAUUAUAGGAGCAUGCAUGAGAGGGAGCGCAGCAUUGCCAGCCCUGUCCAGAUGAAUGGGACUUUGUAGCCACAUGCAUCUUGAGCACUUUUAUUGAUAUAUAGAUUUGAGGUGUGUAGUGUGCUGCUAGAAAUAUUUGGCAUGUUUGUAACCUAGGAAUUUCACAUGAUUUUUGGAGGUUUGUUAUUUUUCAAUGAAAUUUAUGCAUUUUCAACA